CGGUCUUUCUUCUACCCUUCCUCUUUGCAGACCUCUCACUGUCUCCCUGCGCUAUAACUCUUCUUCAACGCCGGCGCAUUUAAAAACCAAGGCCAAAGACCCUGGAAUUAUUGGUGUACAUCAAAAUCCGAUCAAGUAGGUAAAAAGGUAAAGCUGCUGCCCGUUGCUGCCAUCUCAAUCGUCCAGCAAAAGAUGACAACGAUAGAAUCAGGCGCGAAUCGCCCUCGUAAAACAUCCAACAGCGGUAUGCCUUCCGCCGCCGAUGCAUCAGCAAAAGCUCAUGAGAGCGCAAUUGGGUCGUUCAAAAGAUGGGGCAGGAGGCAUCCGUUUGUGAGAUAUGGGCUUCCCAUGAUUUCCCUCACAGUGUUCGGUGCUCUUGGCCUUGGUCAUCUCUUGCAGGGCAGCAAGGAUAUUGCUAAAGUAAAAGACGAUCAAGAAUGGGAGAUCCUCGAGACUAGGAAGGCACUGUCGAGGACGGGCCCUGUCAAUGCAUAUAACCCCAAAAAGAUUUCGUUGGAGGAGGAGCUACAGGCUCUCCAACAGAAAGUGAAUAUCGACGACUACGAGUACAAAAGAAUUCCAAAGCCAGAUGAAGGCAAGUCAGUUUAGUCUGAAGCUUUCCUACCCCGUGCCAGCCUCACAAAGCACUGGAACUUCAGCCAUUGUUCUUGAUCUGGAUCCUUUGCACCUUUAACCUUUUGCUUUAGUUGAGUGAAAAAAGAUGGAUCCAGGCAUCAAAAUUUUGGCUCGAGUAUUGUUGAUUUGCCGCUUCUAGUGAAAUUAUCUGUAGCUUUAUCAGUUCAAGUUUUCUUGGCAAGUCGGUUGAAUCGUAGGUUGAACUAAAUUGGAGCUUUUGGUAGUUGUUUGGCAAUGUUGAAUGUUCUGUGGAGCAGUUCUGGCAGAUAUUUAGUGCUGAACCUCUGUCUGGGCCAAACGAGGUUCUGAGACUCCAAAACACAGACUCAUACUGAACAUUCAACAACGUUAAAAUGACACAUUUAACAGACAAACAAAGGAAUUGAGAGGUUGUAAACUUAUAUAUAAUUCAGGUGAAAAGAUUCACCACACGAUUCUCAAAUUACAGGCUUUCCCCCACCCAUUGCUUUCCUAUUUACACCCCCCAACAACAAACAUGAAAAAGUCUUCAAAACCCUAACAUCUGCUCUUCCCAUUUCUUUCUUUCCCACCCCCAAUCUCAUAUACCUUCGCCAUUUAUCCCACGUUAUUCAUUUACACAAAAUGAGGCAACCAAACCCAAAAGUCCAGAAAGGAAAGAACGGGAAAUCCACCUCAGAGAUUUUCCUACCAAUGAUAACCCAAACAAAAUGCAGAAAGCCAUAUUUAGGCAUGGCAAUAGAAGCUCAUGCUAAUGAAGGCCCUAACCCGUCACCUUGGUUUUGGUUGUGACCCAAUCGACCACAAUGGUUGGAUAAGCCUCUGGGUCGACGGACUCCCCAUAAACGUCGCCUGAGAUCGAGUCAGCAUCUCAGUCAUCGAUGGUGUUUGGUACGAAUGAGCAAGGCUUGAACUGCCGCCCGUUGAGUCUCCCCUUGCUGUGGCUCUUUGCCAUGAAUGUGAGCUUAGCCCGGACAGUAUGUAUGCUCUACCUGAGGCCUCGUACACAUUUCUACUCGUCAUCCUCUCUUGCAUCUCCUUCAUCUCUGCAUCUAGUGCAACACACAACCGGUCAUUCGACCUGCCCGACACGGUUUCCCAUAGCUCCUUCCGGCAGUCCUGAAGGAUGGAAGCUGCACCAGUUAGGUUCCCUUGCUCAGCUGCAGUUCUUGCCUGUGACAUUGCCUCUGCUGCUUUCAACCUAUUACGCUGCCUGUCCACUUCUACUGACACAACUACUUCUUCAGCUACUUCAGGUCUCUGAAGCCUUAUUUCUUCACUUUCUAAUGUGCCCAUUUCUUUAGUUAACGGGUCCUUGAAGACGCAUUUCACCUUGAGCAAUGAUGUUGAACCUUUUGAAGGUUCUGCUGGUGGAACAUUGAGUGAAACGAGAAAAUUCCUCUCUUCAUCUGCAUACAAAUCUCCAACAUCAAUGAACCCCGUGCGUCCAUCGGCUGAUAUCCGACUCGAGUAACUUCCUGCUUUCAACGACUGGAGUUUGAUGUUAGGGUUCGCACAUUCAACACCCACUUGCAGCUCCUGCACCACAACACUCAAGAGCCCUCCAAUGCACUGUGCAAAUGCAUCCUGGAUAAUGGCUUCUGUCUCGAUAAAAGAAAAUGUACCACCCGAAAUUUCUGAAAUUGAAUGCAUCGAUGAAGCAUCAUGAUCCGCCCCAAAUCCAAACACAUGCACUGGAAUCUUCAAUCCAGCUGUCCCACCACCACCAUCAAUAGCAGAAAGAGGAAGUAGCAACCUGUAAUUCGGUUGUUCAGGCUGCUGGUUACUACCGCUACUAACUGUAUAAGUAUCCUGUCCAUCGGACAGCAAUAUUAUGCUUGCAACUGGAUUCUUUUCUUUCCUCUCUUCCAUCACCUUAGCUCCCUUUCUAAGGCCUUCAGCUAUAUUGGUCCCACCAUUGGCAAUCAAAGAGUUAACAUCUUGAAGCGCCUGCUGGCGCCCUGCAUAAGACAUUCGCCUCAGGGGGAAGAGGCGCCGAGCUGUGGAUGAGAAGGCAAUAACAGAGAGCCGGUCGUUGGAGCCAAGGUUCUGUAUCACGAAUCCCAUAGCUCGUUUAAGCAAUGCCAGCUUAGUUCCUGCCAUGCUACCACUGAUGUCGAGAACUGUCACCAAGUCAACUGGAGCUCUAGGAGUUUGGGAGAGUUGAGGAUAGCUGCUGGUCUGGUUUCUUAUCAUGCUAGCAGCAGCAGCUUUAAGAUUGAUAAGGACAGCGAAGUUCUCAUAAGAAUUUGAACGUGAUGCUGCUGUAACUUCAGGAUGCACAGUGAUGUCAAUUGCUCUACCAGAACUGCAACUGGCCCCAUUUUCAUAUCCUGGCUGGAUGUCCAAAGUUUCAUCAUCGUUAAAUACAAUAGGCUCGGCAACCUGAAGUAAUGGUACAACGUGCCUCCUACUCGGGUCCCGACGAGGGGGCGGUAAACGACGAACCACAGUCAUUAAAGCAUCAUUGUUAGGCCAGCCUCCAGCGUUGAUUGAGACAGCUCUCCCAAGCGGAGGAUCUAAAUCUGGAGCCUGAAAGGGGAUCUCUUUCCAUUUUGCUCUGCAGACUGGACAAAUUUGAUUGCCAUGCUUCACAUUAGAAGCAAUGCAAUUGAAAUGGAACGAAUGUGAGCACUCCGCUGUGAAAAUUGCAUGGCCAGCUCCUUGUUUCAUCUUGGUCAGGCAGAUUGAGCAGGUUUGCUUGGAAGAUUUGCUACCAGUUCUGGGCAGCUUCAAACCAUGGGAGGAUGGAACUGGAGUCAUUGGCCUAGCAUCCCAACUUGUAGGUGAAAGCAGAGCAACAUCUGAUACCCUCUCAGUUGAAGUUGUUGCUGGCAAAUCAUCCAGCGUUCUUGGCACAAAAACACAGAGAUUCAGACCCAAGGCCAGCUUUGCUUUUCUCCAUUUACUACUCCCCAUUUCGUAUUUUUCUACUUUGUAGUAACAAAGAUUCGUCCUUUCAGAGAUUCAAGAGCCGCAGAAGGGAUACCCAGUAAAACCCCUGAAUUUUAACAACCAACUUGGACAAAAGAUUCAAGAGAGCAAGAAAGAAAGGGGAAAACAGAGAGAGGGUGGAUGGAGGGCGAAGACCAAGAAAAGAAAAGGAACAGAUCUCAAAGUGCUUUUUGGUAGGGAGUCAAGCUGCUUUCUCUCCAAUCCUUGUAAAUAAUAUUGAUCUGUGUCUUUCUUGAAAUGUGAGAGAUAAUGGAUGGAGGGUAAUGGACUAACUAAUGGGUUCUUGCGCAAAAAAGUCGAAAUGGGCACAAACACAGAACCCAAAGAAGGAGAGAGAGAGAGGAGAAGCUGAGGAGUUAUGGGUUUAUAGUAACUUGGCCAAAAUGAGCAUAAAAAUGUGAGCUUUGUGAUAAAAGAGAGGCCAACCCAAGCACAGCAAAAGAAGGGGAAGGUUUGUCAAGGAUGGAGGAGGAAGACGAAGAAGAAGAAGCUAAGAAGGUGGCGGUUUGAGAUUUCUGAAGUUGUACUAGUCUCGUGGCUUAUGGUUAUGGAGUUAAGCUUGGCCGCCAUUGAAUGGAAUUAAGAGAGUCAGAGAUGGAUUUGAUUUUGACCUUUGGGUCUUUGGUUUUGUAUUUGUUUGUUUGGGUCGUGGUGUGGUGGGUUGAGAGAGAGUAGAGAGAGAAGGUGGGUGGUUUAUUGAGAGUCGUAAAAGGCAGGAGACGACAACAGAACAGAGACAGCAAUUGGAUCCAUUCUUAUCUUUCUUUCUUUCCUUUGAAAAUCUGCAGUUUUCAACCAUUUGAUAUGAUAAAAGUAUACACGUUUCUGAGGCUCCUCCAUUAACAAUAAUGUUUGCUUAACGUUU